AAGUCUGGAUCCGUUGCUCCAGCCGCAGGACCCCCCGGUCAUGGCGGAGAAGGUGACGAUAGCGCUCGACUGGACGCCCAACACGAACCACGCUGGUUUCUUCGCGGCCAAGGCCCUCGGCCUGUAUGCCAAGAAGGGCCUCGAUGUCGCGAUGCUGUCCGUCACCGACCCCGUCUACAGGGCCUCGUACACGGAGGGCGGCGGUGCCCCGGACGCGGAGUACAACACGCCGUGCGGCCUGGUCGCACAGGGCAGAGCCCACUUCGCGCUGAACUCGCCGGAGGGCGUGAUCAAUUGGAACACGCGGCCCGCGGGGGACCCCAAGCCUCCUUUGAAGGCCGUAGCGGCCGUCUGCCAGAAAAACACGUCGGCGAUCGCUUGCCGGCCAGAGAUCAAGAGCCCAAAGGACCUCGACGGAAAGAGGUACGCUUCCUACGCGGCCCGUUUCGAGGGGCGCAUCGUGCAGAAGAUGAUACAGAAGGCCGGCGGCAAAGGAGACUUCGAGGAGGUAGUCAGCCCAAUGCUGGGCCUCUGGAACACGGUUCUGUGCCCGAAGUCGCAGGAGGGCGCGACGGACGCGACCUGGAUUUUCACGUGCUGGGAGGGUGUCGAGGCCCAGAUGAAGCAGGCUGAGCUCAGCCUCUUCGCGCUGGAGGACUUCGGGAUUCCCUACGGGUACGCUCCGUGCCUGGUUGCCCACCCAGAGCUACUCGACGCGAACCCAGACCUCAUCCGGAGCUUUCUGGAGGCGUCCGCGGAGGGGUGGGAGUGGGCCGCCGCGAACCCCGCGGAGGCGGCAAAGCUGCUGGUGGAGGGCGCCAAGGCGGAGUGCGGCGAUGCAUCGCUGCAGCCAGACAUGGUUGCGCUGUCGAUGGAGAAGCUGGCGCCCGCGCUGCUGGACCAGCGUGGGAGGUGGGGGACGAUGGAGCUCUCGCGAUGGGAGCAGUAUCUGGACUGGCUGUCGAACGAGGGCCUGCUCACGACGUACGUGAACAGCCGCAAGCCCUCGGCCGCCGCCGCGACCCUCGACGAGCUCCGCCAGGGCCGCGCCGGAGAGCAGAUCCCCCGGGCGCAGGUCUCGGCGGCGCAGCUGUUCUGGUCCGAGUGGCGGUGACGACCUCGGCCAGGCGAGCCGGGCACGAAGGAGGGGUGUCUCUCUGCGGCGCUCACGAGGGGGGUGGCGCCAGAGGACCUGGCCUCGCUCGGACGUGUGCGCUUCUUUCUCGGC